GAAACGAGACUUGUGAUGUCGGGAGAAGCUGUCCUGCUGGAGUCUAAGCGCUGGGUAUUAUCGGGUUUGCGGGGCGUUGAAGCAGCUUUCCGGGACUGCGGACUGAGUUAAGAAAAGAGGGACUGUUGGGCGGUGUGAUAGACUUGCCUUACAUUAGCGACUCACUCGCCUAGCGGCUAACCCGGCCCUGUAUGCAUCUGCCUUAGCUUGUGUGUUUACUAGGAGAUAUUUUUGUGUUGGAGCCAUGGAGAUGUCAUCAUAUUAUACCAAACUACUUGGGGAAUUAAAUGAACAGAGGAAGAGGGAUUUCUUCUGUGACUGCAGCAUAAUUGUAGAGGGCCGAAUUUUCAAAGCCCACAGGAAUGUUUUGUUUGCGAACAGUGGUUAUUUUCGAGCCAUGCUAGUUCACUAUAUUCAGGACAGCGGGAGACACAGCACAGCCUCUCUGGAUAUUGUCACAUCAGAGGCAUUCUCUACCAUCCUGGACUUUCUUUAUUCAGGCAAGCUGAACGUGUGUGGAGAAAAUGUAAUCGAAGUUAUGAGUGCGGCUAGUUAUCUGCAGAUGACAGAUGUGGUCAACUUCUGUAAAGCCUAUAUCCACUCUUCAUUAGACAUAUGCCGGAAGAUUGAGAAGGAAAGUUCCUUUGGACAGGCAGACAGUGGCAGUGAUGGCAUAAAUAGUGGAAGAGAAGCAGAGCUGGGGGCCUCACCUGAGAAAGAAAAUGACAGUGACUGCCAGAAAGAUCCACCCGGUGGCGACUGCAGUAGUUGCAACUCUAUAGAGCUGAUGGUAAAACAUCACCCAACCGACGGCUCCAAUGAAAGUAAAAGUUCCAACAAAGCAGUAGAACCAAAAGAGGAAUUUGACUCUGAUGUUGUGGAGGUGUCAGAGGGUGUACAAACCUACCAUAUUCCUACAGGACUGGAACAGGGAGAGGAAGGUCUGCAUUCUGCAUCUGGGGUUGAUAUAGCAUGCAAUAACUAUCACAUGAAGCAAUUUCUUGAGGCUCUUUUGAGAAAUAGUUCUUCCCAGAGGAAGGAUGAUGCAGUGCAUCAUUUUCCACGGGACUUUGAAUCUCGUCAAGAAGAUACUGGUGUCCCAAUGAGCUCUAUGAUGGAUAUUCAAGGUGACUGUUUUGGGGAAGACACAGGGGAUGUCCUAGUUGUUCCUAUCAAGCUGCACAAGUGUCCAUUCUGUCCAUACACAGCCAAGCAGAAAGGGAUCCUGAAACGCCACAUCCGUUCUCACACUGGUGAGCGGCCUUAUCCCUGUGACGUUUGUCGGAAAAGAUUUACCCGACAGGAGCACCUGAGAAGCCAUGCACUGACUGUGAGUAUAUGCAGCUGACUAAAGGAAAUCCGUUCUUAACUAGGCUUUUUAUUCAUACAAUCAACUAAAUUACUGUACCCUGCAUUUAUUAGCAUUAGUUCUUAUGAUUGU